UUUCGAUGUGCUGUCUUUCGUUAGCUUCCCCGACCCGCGCUUGCGGGCCUGUAGGGCUCUCCGACAGGGCGUGCUACCGGAGUUGGCCUGUAGCCAGUCCUCGCUUUGUUUUCUGGCUCCUCCCCUCCCGCCUCUCCUGCUGUCUCCGCCCUGUUCUGUUUUCCUAAAGAAUGUCUGAACUGGGAGGGAUCCCCUAGCGCCCUUGUUUUACCAGUGAGAAAACUGAGGUCUUCAAGAAUCGACUUGUCCAAGGUCACUACCGGUAAUUUCAGGGCCAGGGUUCACUUAAGUUCAGUAUUCUGGGAAUGAUACUUUCUGUACCUUAGAAUGAUUUUGAACAUGUUAGCCUCCAAAUACAAAAGCAAACGUUUUCUAGUCCUUUCUCAGCCCGUCCUUUUUCCUGUUCCACUCCAAAGGGAGAGGAAAAAAUCAACUCUGCAAACUCUCGGCCAGUCUUUGAGUUUUCAUACAGGCCAGAAGGGAGACGACAAAAGUUAGCAAGAUGAACAAAGAUGCGCAGAUGAGAGCAGCGAUUAACCAAAAGUUGAUAGAAACUGGAGAAAGAGAACGCCUCAAAGAAUUGCUGAGAGCUAAAUUAAUUGAAUGUGGCUGGAAGGAUCAGUUGAAGGCGCACUGUAAAGAGGUAAUUAAAGAAAAAGGACUAGAACACGUUACUGUUGAUGACUUGGUGGCUGAAAUCACACCAAAAGGCAGAGCCCUGGUACCUGACAGUGUAAAGAAGGAGCUUCUACAAAGAAUAAGAACAUUCCUUGCUCAGCAUGCCAGCCUUUAAGAUUGAAUUAGAUUGUGUUGUUUUGUGGUCUUAUUUCUGAAAGUAAAACUUGCCAUACAUUAGGAAUCGCUUUCCCAAAAUAAAAUCCUUUUUUGUAUGAUGGUAUACAGUUUUCGGUAAUGAUGUAUACAUUGUAUUGAUUUUUUUCCCUAAAUGUGUUAUUUUAAUAAAUAUCUCAUGAAUGAGUUUGAAGUUUCCUUGGAUCUUGGAAUAAAUGAGACUUUUCAACAACCCACGAGAUUUAUUAGAGAAAAAGUCAGUGAGUAUUAAGUAUGUGCAUAUUUCUGUGCUAACAGCUGAAGAGAAGGAAGCAGCUUCUUCUGAUUGUCUAGAUACAGUGUAUUUCUCUUAAAUCCCUAUAAUAUUUUAUAAUACAUGCCCCAUCUUGUACUACAGUUGUUUUAUUUCUUAUUUGUUACAAACUCUGAGAGUUAGGACUGGGUCUUUACUCAUCUUUAUGUGCCUGUCUUAUUCCUCAAAGAAGUUACCAUCCUAUUGGAAGAGAGAACAUUUGCAAACUGGCUCCAUACCAAGCUCCUCUCACAUGUCUACUCAUCUGAACUUUGAAAGCAGAAAGUCUAACUCACAUCCCCACAUACUAAGGUCAAGAAAGAACCUAAUGGGAAAUAAUCUCCACCCGUAGCUUUAUUCUGACAUCAAGAAUGCCAAAUCCAAUGGACUCCUGUCUAUACUUAUGUGACUGCUGCUGGGAACUGAGGACGUUGACCAUCCUACCACUGGAACUUUCCUCCCAGUCCUCUCACUGGAGUUCCUUCUGUGUCUUGUGGAGUACCUUUGCUGUGUGGGACUUGAAGUAAUGGUGUUUCUUAGGGCUUGCUCCUGGGCCCUCUGCCAGACUAAUGAUAUGCUUUUCCUGGGAAAAUCCCAGGAAACGAGUCGGACCAUGACUUCAAAUACUAACAGGUUAAUAAAUGGUAAAUUGCAUUACCAAACCAGA